AUGAAAGUUACUACAGUUCUUGUCUUGAUCUGCUUCGUGUUUGCAACCAGAGCAAGUAUUGAACAGUUGAUGAAGGAAGAGCAAAACUUGUAUAAGGCAGCUUAUCCAAGCUCUUUCAGCUUUACUGGAGUCAGACUUGGCUGGGCUGAUGAGAUUCCUGUUAUUACUAUAAGAGUAGAUGAAGAUAGUGAUAUCAUCUCUCUCACUACUGAUACAAGAGGAAGAAUCCCAUCUGAAGGAAAAGUGUAUAGAAGCGUUGAAGCCUUAGACUUUGGAAACAAGAAGCACUACAGUUACCAAGCAUUUGAUAAAACUUGCAAUGUUGCUGAUUUCAGUCUACAACAAAACUCUGUUAAAGAGUAUAUUUCAUUCAUUACAAGUGGAGAAGUGGUUGAAUAUGAAAGACAAAUUGGAGAUAAGACCUUUGUUUAUACAAAAAUGUGGCCAUCCUACAUGGAGGGAUUCAGACUGUUCAGAGAGGAUGGUAAACUUACUCACCUCAAUGGAUUCAUUCAAUGGUUUGAUUUCAAGAUUGAUAUCCAGGUGACCCACGACAUCACUGAAGGCACCUUUACCAGAGAAGAUCAUAUCCCUGCCAUUUGUAAAUAAU